CAGAGGCAGCAGCAGCAGCAGCAGCAGCCGCGCUGGCUGCAAUGAAUGAUCCUCCAGCUUGCGGGGAGGACUCCAGGUGAGCCUCUACCCUCGGGAGGCCCAGGGACCCCCGGCCGCCCAGGACCCGCAGCCCCCCGCCAUGGAUCCCUAGAGGAAGGAGGAGGAGGAGAAGAAGACAGCUCUGCCGCCCACCCCCAUCCCAUUUUCCUCUUCCUUUAUCUCAUUGUUGCGGGAGCUGUUUACGGCUGCGCUCCCUCUGCCCCAGCAUGGGGCGGGCUCCGGGCACUGCCCUAAGGCAAGCGCUACUACCGCGGGUGCCCGGGGGUUCUGCGUAAUUCCACCUCCCCAGCCAGUGCGCCGAGGACCAGAGAGCGGCGGAGGCCCGGACUGCAGCAGCGGCAGGGCCACCUCCCAGCAUCCCCACCCUAGGAGGCUGAAUGCGGAUUGAGGACCGGCGCCUAGGGGCUGGGCCGGCCCCGCCGAUCCCGAUCCCGACCUAAGGGAGCCGGACAGCAGGACCGCCCCGGCUGCGGAGGGGGCCAGCGGGAAGGACAGAGCAGCAAGAUGGCCAGUAAGACCAAGGCUAGCGAGGCCCUGAAGGUGGUGGCUCGGUGCCGCCCCCUCAGCAGGAAGGAGGAGGCUGCUGGUCACGAGCAGAUUCUGACCAUGGACGUGAAACUGGGCCAGGUGACCCUGCGUAACCCUCGCGCCGCCCCCGGGGAGCUGCCCAAGACCUUCACCUUUGACGCUGUGUAUGACGCCAGCUCCAAGCAGGCCGACCUGUAUGAUGAAACCGUGAGGCCCCUAAUAGACUCGGUCCUUCAGGGUUUCAAUGGCACAGUGUUUGCCUAUGGCCAGACUGGCACUGGCAAGACCUAUACCAUGCAGGGGACCUGGGUGGAGCCCGAGCUUCGCGGGGUCAUCCCCAACGCUUUUGAGCACAUCUUCACCCAUAUCUCUCGCUCCCAGAAUCAGCAGUACUUGGUCCGGGCCUCCUACUUAGAGAUCUACCAGGAGGAGAUUCGAGACCUGCUCUCGAAAGAGCCAGGCAAAAGGCUAGAGCUGAAGGAGAAUCCCGAGACAGGCGUGUACAUCAAGGACCUCUCCUCCUUUGUCACCAAGAAUGUCAAGGAGAUAGAGCAUGUGAUGAACCUAGGGAACCAGACCCGGGCAGUGGGCAGCACCCAUAUGAAUGAGGUCAGCUCCCGCUCCCAUGCCAUCUUUGUCAUCACGGUGGAGUGUAGCGAGCGUGGCUCUGAUGGCCAGGACCACAUCCGUGUGGGCAAGCUCAACCUGGUGGACCUGGCUGGCAGCGAGAGGCAGAACAAGGCAGGCCCCAACACAGCUGGAGGGCCAGCCACACAGUCCACAGGAGGUGGUGGCAAUGGAGGUGGCAGUGGCAGUGGUGGAGAGAGGCCUAAGGAAGCCUCCAAAAUCAACCUCUCGCUGUCCGCCCUGGGUAAUGUGAUCGCUGCCCUGGCUGGCAACAGGAGCACACACAUUCCCUACCGGGACUCCAAGCUGACCCGGCUGCUCCAGGACUCUCUGGGAGGGAAUGCCAAGACCAUCAUGGUGGCCACACUGGGGCCAGCUUCUCACAGCUAUGACGAGAGCCUCUCCACCCUACGUUUUGCCAACCGAGCCAAGAAUAUCAAGAACAAGCCUCGGGUCAAUGAGGACCCCAAAGACACACUGCUGCGGGAAUUCCAGGAGGAGAUCGCCCGCCUGAAGGCCCAGCUGGAGAAGAAGGGGAUGCUAGGGAAGAGGCCCCGGAGGAAGAGCAGUCGCAGGAAGAAAGCCGUGUCAGCCCCGGCAGGGUAUCCUGAGGGGCCAGUGAUUGAGGCCUGGGUAGCUGAAGAGGAGGAUGACAACAACAACCACCGCCCGCCCCAGCCCAUCCUGGAGACAGCCUUGGAGAAGAACAUGGAGAAUUAUCUGCAGGAGCAGAAGGAGCGGCUGGAGGAGGAGAAAGCCGCCAUCCAGGAUGACCGCAGCCUGGUGAGCGAGGAGAAGCAGAAGCUGCUGGAGGAGAAGGAGAAGAUGCUGGAGGACCUGCGGCGGGAGCAGCAGGCCACAGAACUGCUGGCAGCCAAGUACAAGGCCAUGGAGAGCAAGUUGCUCAUUGGUGGCAGGAACAUCAUGGAUCACACCAACGAGCAGCAGAAGAUGCUGGAACUGAAGAGGCAGGAGAUUGCUGAGCAGAAACGCCGGGAGCGAGAGAUGCAGCAGGAGAUGAUGCUCCGAGAUGAGGAGACCAUGGAGCUCCGGGGCACCUACACAUCCCUGCAGCAGGAGGUAGAGGUCAAAACCAAGAAGCUCAAGAAGCUCUACGCCAAGCUGCAGGCGGUGAAGGCGGAGAUCCAGGACCAACAUGAUGAGUACAUCCGUGUGCGGCAGGACCUGGAGGAGGCACAGAACGAACAGACCCGGGAACUGAAGCUCAAGUACCUAAUCAUUGAGAACUUCAUCCCCCCUGAGGAGAAGAAUAAGAUCAUGAACCGGCUCGUUCUGGACUGUGAGGAGGAGCAGUGGAAGUUCCAGCCACUGGUGCCUGCUGGAGUCAAUAACAGCCAAAUGAAGAAGCGGCCAACAUCUGCAGUGGGCUACAAGAGGCCUAUCAGCCAGUAUGCUCGGGUUGCCAUGGCCAUGGGGUCCCACCCCAGGUACAGGGCUGAAAAUAUAAUGUUUCUGGAGUUGGACGUGUCACCGCCAGCUGUCUUUGAGAUGGAAUUCUCUCAUGACCAAGACCAAGACCCUCGUGCAUUACACAUGGAGAGGCUCAUGCGGCUGGACAGCUUUCUGGAAAGACCUUCCACAUCUAAAGUCCGGAAGUCCAGAUCCUGGUGCCAGAGUCCUCAACGGACUCCACCCUCUACCACACAUGCCUCGGUGGCCUCUGCUCCUCUCCACCCCACGACAAUAGUGGACCAUGAGUGACAACCUUCACAGGCUGCCCAUCCGACAGACUCCUGGGACGGGCAGCCAGCCCUGGCUCGUCUCAUCCGCCGCUUGGUGCGUGUGCGUGUGCAGUGCGUGUGCGUGUGUGGAGGGGGGAGACCUGGCAGACGGUGCCCUGCCCGCUCUUCUGCGCCUCCUUUAUUUAAUUCAUCUUAUUUAUUCGUGGAGCUCAGUGAGUGUGGGAGAUGCUCUGGCCUGAGCUGCGUGAGUCACUGCGUAGCCUCUUUUUCUCCUAACUGGGGGCCCCAGCCAGCCCUCAAGCUUCUCCCCAUGUCAGCUGUCCCUGGAAGGGAAGGCGGUCAGUGCCUGAGAACACAGUGCUUUUUCUACCCAUCCCAUUCCAUGGUUCCCAUCUCCUCCGACCCUGACAGUGAGCAGCCCCACACACUUUUUGGGACUAGAAAACUGCCAGGUAUCCACUGAGGACAAGAAGCAUCCUGAGGACAGUGUUGGGCCUAUGCUCCCGGUGGACAGAGCCCUGCUUUCCACUGUCUGGGCCCCAGACGACCUCCUUGGGCUUCUUGGGCUCUUUUCAAAGACCUCAAAGGCCUCACAACACUCAGCCCGUGCUCUGCAGCUUUGGCCAGACCUCACAGCCUCCCAAACUGCUUCCCGUCCACCUUUCCAACCCGGGGAUGGGACUCGUGAACCAACCAGUGGUUGCUGCAUUGGGACCCACAGGCAACGGAACAGCACUGAGACAACGUGGACUGUCAUCAGGGAAUUCCUCCUCUGGGUCCCUUUGUUUCUGUUCUCUUUGAGAAGUUGCUUUGGUCAACAAGCCAUCAAACCUGCUUCCCGUUUUUGAGAUGUGGCUUCUCAAUGUGCUUUGAUUACGGUCCCUUGCAGCUGCUGACCUCAGUUCCUAGUGGGAGUAAUCAGUAUCAUCUGUCCCCCAGCUAAAUGAAGGUAUCAAAAUCUGUUGCUUCCCCAUCAUUUAUCACAGGAAACAGAGACCCAGGCAGAAUCUUCAUCAGCUUUGCCUACUGCUCCUGUUUCUCAGUCAUGUUUUGGGGGCACUUUUGUUGAGAACUGGUCCAUUCUUUACUACUUGUGCAAACUGAUCCCUCUUCACCUUUCUUUGUGACAGCCCCAAAUGUCUCCAGGUAUUGCAGGUGAUAAGUAAAUUUAUA